AUGUCUGAAACCGGCAUAAAAUUCUGUCCUCGCACCCUAUUGACUGCCAGUAUAUAUGGAUGCACGUGUCCGGUGAUGGAAUGGACAUUUGACAACUGGUUCAAUCAAAUCACUAGAUGUCUGAAGUCUGGAUCACAUAUUCAGUAUACCACCUUCAUCUUUCUCACAUCUCACCUUCUAUAUAUCAUUACUGUUCCCACUAACAGAAGUGAAUUCAAUGUUCUUGAACAUUCAUUUUCCAUGAUCAAUAACUUGGACUACAUCAAUAAUGGAUGCAUACAUUUGACAGUGCCCUACCUGGUCCAAUAUGACAUCCUCCUCCUCUUUCUCUUUGUGUUCCAAUGUCCUGAGAGCGACCAAUUUAAUGAUAGUGUGCAUGAAUGCCCGAGAAUGCUGUAUGAUGCUUCACUUCCAAAGAUCAAGGACUACAUGUCUACAUCUAUUCAGAGCCAUGAGGGCAAUAUCCUUGGAGAUAUAACCUGUAGCCAGAUCACAGACUGCAGUGACCCCUAUCAAGGACAUGAAUUAAAGAUGAGAGAAGAGGUGGUUCAAAGUGGAAUGUGGCAACACGUGAACAAUGUGCUCCGACCUACCAGGAAAGGCUUCUGGUCUCUAUAUGAGGAUGACCUGGUGGCUUGUUUAGUACAUCAAUAUCCAGGCAUUUGA